AUGCCGUCUUUUCUAGUUCUCCGCGCCGUCCGCGCGCUGUUCGCAUGCUCUCUCCUCCUCACACUCGGACCGCAAGGCAUCUCCGCGCAAAGAACCUCAUCAAGCACGAGUUCUAGCACUACUCGCACGCCCACGUCCACCACCGCAGCCGGCUCCUCCAUCGCGACCGCUGGACCUCCCCCAGAUGUCUAUCUCAACGUGCCCAACCUCUCAGUCGGCCGCAUUGAGCUCAACGUCGACAACCUCCAAGCAGACAUCAAUUUGAACGCCAACGUCGCCAGCCUGGUAACCAUUAACGCCGGCAUCGCGCUCUCAGUGCAGAACAUCAACCUGACGAUCGAAGACGUGCAAGCCGAGCUCGAGCUUGUCGUCCGCCUGGGCAACCUCGUCGAAAUCGUCAACCGCGUCUUCGAGUCCCUCGACCUGAACCCGCUCCUCAUCAGCACGCUGAGCAAUGCCACCAAUCUGCUGCAGCCCGUGAUCGGCGCUGUGGACGGGCUGCUGGGCACCGUCACCCAGGGUGGCACCACGAUCAGCUUCGUGGUCGACAACUUCGGGAAUAUCGUGCAGCAGGUCGCGGGCGCGAAUGGCGGCCCGGUCAGCUCGAUCGUCGGCAACUACCUGACCAACAUGACGGAUACGGGCGUGAGCCAGACUCUCCAGAACGGUCUUAUCUCGAGGCAGUACUCCUACACACCUCUUAAUGCGCUGGUCAACAUUGUGUUUAAUGCUGCGGGCCAGGUGGUGCAAGCGAGUGUCGUUAAGGGUAGUACGACCCCGGGAGGCAGCAGCACUGUUCCUGGAAGCACUAGCACUGCCGCGCCUCGCCCGAGCAGCACGAGCAGCGUCAGCAGUAGCAGGACGGGUGCUAGGUAG